CCUUGUUCUCUUCAGUGUUUACAUCGCCAGUUUCCCAGAAUACACCAGGCCCAUGAUCGACCACUUGGUAGCCAUGAAGAUCAACCACUGGGAUGGGGUGAUUCGACAGCUAGCGACAAAGGCUUUGCAUAAUCUGACGCCUCAAGUACCUGAUUAUAUGGCCACAACAGUUAUGCCUCAGCUGCUGCCCAUAGCGCUGGGCAUUGAUCUCCACAGUCGCCAUGGCGCCAUUCUGGCAUCUGCCGAGAUCAGCCACGCCCUCUACAAGCUGGCCAAUCAGAACAACAGACUGGUGACAGAGCUCAUCUCUUCAGACUGUGUGGAUGGACUCAAGAGCAUUCACCAGAGGCUGUUUGACAGAAAGCAGUACAGGGGUUUUGGUGGUGAGCUGAUGAGGCCUGCAGUCUGUUCUCUCAUUGAGAACAUGUCCCUCUCCAAGAUGCCGUUCAAGGACGACCCCGUCAUCAGUGAGUUUUCGUAUCGUUGAUAUUCAGACCGUAGCUGA